UUUUGGAAUCAAUUCCUGUAUAUAGUCACACCUUAGGUUUCGAUUGUCGAAUUGUCGAUUGAUCAGUGUAUUAUACUCAAUGUUGUAGUAGUUUGUGUAUUUUGUCGUGCCAUAUUAUUAACAUUAUUUAUAUUAUAGCAAAUAAGCCCAUAAAGACUGUAUAUCGAUAGUGAUGCAUUUUAGGAUACAGAGGAUACUGUUUUGGGCGAUCCUCAUUGGAUUUGCAUCCACAGCACAGAAUAAUCAACGAAUCAGUAGUGAUCUUACAUUUAAAGACGAAGAAGACUCGGCGAUCGAAGGAAGCGGAUAUGACGGGGAGGUGACUCAUGACCUUGAAUCCAGUGGCUCCGGUUACGGACCAGACGAUGAAGAUGAUCAUGAUGCUGAAAAACUUAAUAGAAUAUUAACAGAGACUAAAAUCAUUCCAGUUCAAGAACCCAGUCCUCCAAAAUAUCCAAAAGAAACAGAAGUUGACAAAAAUAUCAGUAAAGAAACUAAGACUGUACCCAAUACUACUCCUGAUACAAGUGUCAGAAUGAAUCCAAAAUCUGAUGAUCGCCCGACGUCAUUCUUUGCCCAACCAGGCAUUUUAGCUGCUGUUGUUGGAGGCGCCGUUGUGGGAUUGUUGUGUGCAAUAUUAGUGGUUAUGUUCAUCGUCUACAGGAUGCGUAAAAAGGAUGAAGGUUCUUACGCAUUAGGAGAACCUAAGCAAUCCCCAAACUCAAAUUCAUAUAGCAGAGCUACAACAAAUAAAGAAUUCUAUGCCUGAAAAUAGUUGUAUAGAAAAUAAUGAUGUUGUGGAAGAUCUGAAACUGCUCAUUGGAGAAGUAUAGGAAAAGGGUAUAAGUGGGAUCUUCUACUAAAUUUCGACCUUUACCUACAUAAGCACAUGAUGCAAUUUUACAUAUUGGUUUAAAUUUCAAAAAAAAAAAUAUUUUGUUUCAGAAAUAUAUUUUCUAUUUUUCAAAAACUGCCAUAAUUAUCGAAUCGCCAUUUGUUUGAAUUUAUUUAUAAUUAUUAGGAUGUGUAUAUAAAUAUACAUAUAUAAAAUGUAACAAAAGUAAAUGUUGUACGUCCAUUUUAGUUUUGAGUCUAUAGUACAUUUUAAUUUUUACGUUAUUACUCUAUACUGAAUUUCUUUUUAUUGAUGAAAUGUACUCUAAACUCAAAUAUUACUUAAAGGUACCUAAUAUUCGGAAUUAAAUUAAGUCGUAAGUUUUACUAACAUUUUUUAAAAUUGUCUAACUCUAGUUCUGUAAGCUUGUGCAGCUUUUAUGCUUUAAUUUAUUUAUAUUUUAUAUGAGUAUCUCAAAUCAAACCAUUGGUGUUCUACUCAAUUUGUGGAAUUGCAAUGAUGUGUUUAUUUUCUAUUGCUAGGAAGUACUGUAGUGGUUAUGGUUACAAACUUAGCUUUUGUAAAGAAAAUAAACAACUUCAAGAACUCUUUUUCAUUAGACCCUAUAAAGAUUGUUCUUGUAAUAAGUAAAUUAUUAGAUUAAACUCAUAAAUCUAAUUAUAUCUGUGCAAUCAUUGCAAAAAUUGGAAAACAUAUACUACAAAAUUCACAAUAAUAUUUUUACUGUUAGACUUUGUUACUUUAAAAAUAGAUCAGAUUUCAACUCUGAAAAUGUUUAUUGCAACAAUUGAUUUCUAAAUGUGGACCAUACAGUCACAAAGUUUUUAGACUAAUCUACAGUAAGAAUUUAUUAGAAAAUAUCUGCUCUUCCACAACUUUAUAGAACACCAUAUUUAACAAAAAUAACCCAUUACAAUAGAUUAACAGACAUUCCUAAACUUUAUAUUUUUAUUAUUGCAGACAAUGAUUUUUUUCAAUUAGUUUUUGGUAGCUAAAAAUAACAUAUGUGAUAUUUAGACUUGACUCUUCAAACAUUUUGUCACCAUUUAAUGUAGUAACAAUCAAUUAGGUAAUAUGCCAAAACAGUGGACUGAAAUAUUUGUUUUACGAUAUACGUAUUUAAAUAGAUGAUACUAAUUUCAAAUAUAUUUGACAAUACAUAAUGCUGAAAGUAUUGACCAUAAUUCUUUAUUAGAAAAACGUAAUUUUGCAGGUUGUGCACAUCUAUAGUUUUGCUUAGGUGUUAAGAAGCACAAAAUAAUUAAAAUCUCGGAUAUGUUUUACAAAUGAUUGAAUAUUUUUGAAAAUUUAUUUCUAUUUCACAAAUUAAACACAAACUAAAACAAAUUUGAUUUUUGUUUUAAAAUGAAAGAAAAAAAAUCAUUCUACUCAAAAUAGUGGUAUAUAACAAUGAAUACUGUUCCUCAAAAUACAGGGUGUGUUAUACACUGUAUAUUGGUAAAUAAUUUAUAGUUAUAAAUGUAUAAUCUUUAAAUUGAGGAUAACUGUACAUUGUGUGGAUCCAUUUUGUAUUGAUAUUUAACAUAAUAUUAUCAAGCACUUGAAUUGAAACUUGAGAAUUGAGGUACAUAACCUUAUAAAUUCUUUUAAUAAGUCAAGACAAUUUUUCUAAAUGAUCCUAGAUAAAAAAUACAUUCAUUGAAAUAUUAGAAUCUCACAGUUUUGCAGAAUUUGAUCUGUACUAUUAAAUGUGCAAUAGCUCACUCAGUUUGAUAAACUUCUUAUCUAUCUUAUUUCGUAUAUAUAUAUAUAUAUAUAUAUAUAUAUAUAUAUAUAUAUAUAUAUAUAUAUAUAUAUCAAAUUCUUAUUUAACAUACAAAUAAAUUCCCAUUAUGAAAUAAAUAAAAACUUUAUAUAACAAGAUAUACAAUGGCUCAAAAGAAUAAAAUGUAUAGGUGAAUUAGCGCAUAUUUUUUAAUUGGUACAAGUGGACGAAGGUAUUUACAAAAUCUAUGUGAUGAAUCAUAUAAGUCAAUCUUGCGGUUCUUUCUAAGUGCUUGCUGUAAGUAAAUUCUUCUACACAUGUCAAAAUAAGUUUGUUGUGAAAUCCGUAACGUAUUAGAAGAAUUAAUUCAGUAUUGCAGAAAUGAAGUUUUCUAGUGGAAUACGAUAAGUGCAGGUUAUUACGAUCGCAAUAAAAAAAAUGCUGAAUAUGACAGAUUAAAUGAAAGUAUAAACAUGCCAAAUGGAUACAGUAAUGAAGAAAAUUAACAUGUGAUUCUUGUGAUUAAAAAAUAUGGAGCUGGCAAUGCUGAAGUCUAUGUUCCUCAUUUAUAGGAAUUUGUAUCUGUAAAGAGUGACGACAGAUAUCAUCGAAAUGUAUAUGCAUUGUGGAAGUUCGAUAAACUGCACAAACACACUAGGUCCAAGCACGUAGAUAAAUGGUUGCGUGUAUAAGACUAGACAAUGUAUUCAUUUAAAAAAUUAAAAUUUAUGGGUAAUUUUUGUACUACAAUCCUCAAAUCGGACCUGAUUGAAAACAGUUAUUGAGUGAUGUUUCACUUUUACCAGUUUUCUCAAUUUCUACACUAAUGUCAUUUUACAUUUUACGACAUAAAUAAAUUUUUUUUAGUGAUGAUUCAAUUGAACUGGAAGUUAGAAGUGGAUUAUUUAGUAUCAAUACACCCUUUUCAGAGAUAAUAUAAAUAGAAGAUUAUUCAGAAGUAAUUAAUCAUUAUAUAUAUUUAAGUAUCAUGAGAUUUUAAAUUGAAAAAAAGUAUUAGAAAUUACUCAUGAAAUCAACGAAAACGGAGUAUUAAUGGAAAAAUUUUUUAGACCAAUAGGUGUAUCCGCACAAACUUUUCUCCAUAUGCACAAAUCGUAUAUCGUAUGCAAAAUGUAGAAACAAGUAUAACGAAAUUUUGGCCAUUUUGUUGUCUCACCACAUCAAAUACUCAUUUACAUCUUACUAGCAGGGUAGAAAAACAUAGUUUUAAGUUAUACAUGCUUGAAAUAUUUUCAUACAAAACCAAUAAUUUUAUACAUAUAAUUGAUACAAUAUAUCAAAGACAUGUUAAAACAGGUAACUAUAUUGAGUUUAUCAAAGGUAAUUUGUAUACUUAUGUUGUCGUUAUGUAUAUUUGAUAGCUACAUAUCUAUCAUGUUGCUUUAAAUUAUCUGACUACAUUUAUGGUAUUUGGGCGUUUUUACUGAAUUCAGUUGAUCUUCAUGUCAAGAAUCACUUGAUCCACAGAAGAAAUAAAAUACACUCACUCGUGUCGAACAAUUAUUAGAUAAAGAUCUGUAUAAAAAAUUGUGAUUAUUUGUCACAUACCGUUACAUACAAAAAAAUAGGAUACUCGAAACAUAUAUUUUUCUUGUGGGACGGUGUUCUGGUAUUCCUUUAUUGAAUGUAUAUAAAUAGCUAUUCUAUUGUGGACACAUAAUAUAUCUAUUUGGAAAUUAUUUCCGUGAAGCAGCUGAAAAACAGGGUUCCAAAAAAGUGUUAAUAAAUAUGCAGAUGGUAUUAAAAUUAUAUUGGCAGCUGUAAAAAAGUUGAUAUUGGUAUUUUAUCAUUGAAGUAAGAUGUUGACAAAAUAAUUUCCGUAAUUUGCUCAAUAAAUACGAACAUUUGUUAACUCUCUUUUGCUAUUCAAUGUUUUAUUUACUUUUAAGAUUAUUCUUAAAAUGCAACUACAGACUACAGAAGUGGAUUAUUGUGUUGCUCAUAUUUGAUUUUCUCACAUUCACUAAAGUAGCUUGGUACCUCGCACAAGGUUGUACAAAUAUUUUAUCUGGUGGAUAUGUAUCCAUAGGACUUUUCGGAAAAUAUAACUCUAGUUCAGGUGAUUGAGGAUUCUAACCCAUAACGAGAUUCACAUCACAGUUUCCGAUAGUCACGUUAAAUUUUCAAAUUUAAAACAUGAUAUGCAUAAACUUUUGAAUCUUAUUACUUUUUUGUGCGUUAAUUCUUCCAUGAUUCCAUCCAACAUUUAGCUGUAUAUCAGAUUCUAGAUGUUUAAUAUUUGUUAUUGAGCAGUUAUCAAAGAUUUAUCGACUCGCAUGGAUUUUGUAAUAAAGAUAAAAUAAUGUACUAUUUUUAUGCUGAAAUGCCGAAAGUAUAAAACCGAAAAUCUUGUAGCCUAUUAAUGACGCUGCUCAGGAGAAUUAAUAGUAGACAUCUAUUUUAGGUGAAUAAAUAUAAUUAAAUUUUAAAGUUGAAAAAACCAUAGACAAAUGAUACAACACUUUAGCCGAUCGCAUCUACCCAUUGGCCUACCAAGGUAGAAAAGAUCAUAACAUAUGACUACGGCCCAAUUAAUUCGAUCAGUUUCCGAACAACAAUGAACGUGAUCCAAAUUAGUUUCUGAACAUUCAGAUUUUGAUCGGAAUAACCCGAUCAUAGUUUCCGAAAAGUUUUAUGUAUCAUAUCGUUCAAGAAGAUAAGAGUAAUUUUUUAUUGGGAACUUGGCAAGGAAACACCAAAGUGGACUAAGAAUAAAUAUUUCAAUUAAUCAAUAGUCAAUUUGAAUAUUGGAUUUUGAAUUCAAAAAUUUUUACAAGCUUUAAUAAUAUCAAAAUCACCGGAAAUCUUAAUUAAUUAUUUCUCAGACGAUGAAUACAUAAGUAUUCGAAAGCUGGGAAAAUAUAUUGAAGUUAGUCCACUUGGUGUUUCCUUGCCACGUUCGCAAUAAAAACUACUUAUAAUAUAGCUGGCAAAGACUUCUUUACAAAUAUAUAUAUAUAUAUAUAUAUAUAUAUAUAUAUAUAUAUAUAUAUAUAUAUAUAUAUAUGUUUCAAAUAUUCUGGUUUCUUAUUGCAUCUAAUGUAGAUACGGUUUUUACUUAUUGGCCUGGUUAUCUGGUUCAAUUAGUUCCUAUUCAAUGUAAGUAGUUUUCUUUUCAAUUAACAAUGUUCCUCCAUUUUUUUCUAUAGUUUCAGUGAAUCAAGUAUUACUCAAUGCUGAAAGGGGGUUUGAAAUGACUUUUUGUCAUUUUCUUCAACUUUCUGGUUGCCUCGAAAUCCACUAAACCAGAUCUGUUUUGUUAUCACAUUUUAAUGCUGUCGUAACAGAUCUAAUAUAAUCAUGUUUUUUUUCACAGUUUUCUUGUUAUUUUCCUAAGUAAGUACAUCUGUUAGAUGCUUAAGGCAUAACUGCUGUUAAUGCUGCGCAUAUUUCAUUAUUUUCAUGGUACGGUUUUCACAAUUUUUAUCAUUCUUUCCUUCUCAGAAAUUUUAUGUAUGGGAUGUUUUUGUUUGCAGAUAAUAUGAAAGUCCAGCUAUUUGUUUCUACCAUCAUCCUUUAUUUAAUAAGUGGUGAGAUGGACUUGUUGUUUGAACACUUUAAUCGAAUGUUUUGUUAUUCUUCCUUAGUUAUAUAAAAUUUUGGCAUUUAUAUAUUUGGAGAUAUGCUACCUUUUCGGGUUAAUAGCUCAAGAUCUUAUAAGUUUUCUCGAUGAUUACAACACAAUUAGAUAGUGCUGCUUUGCAUUGUUGUAUUGACAGCUAAUGUAAGUAAAAAUAACUACACCAACCUGGCAAGCUUAAAAUUUACUUUUCUAAAUUUGUAAGCAGCUACUUAAUACUUUUUAUUUUGAAUAUUUCGCAAGAAAUAUUAUGUUAAGACAGUGGAUACAAUAAAACUUCAAAUUUCCGAGAUUAAAGCAAUACAAGUUGGUUAUAUGGAAUAUCUUUUUUUUUAAUAAAAAUUACAUCCAUAAUGUGUAUAUAUAUAUUAGAACUUUGUUUCAGAAUAGUUGAGUUUUAUAUAUGCUUAAUAUGAGAAAAUGUUAUAAAAUAAAUUCGGCUGGUGUUGUAGGAAAAAGGUUAAUUAAGAAAUAUGUUGUAGAUGUCAUGUUAGUGAGUCAAGGCAUCAUUUCAAAUCAAAAUGAAAA